AUGGCGUAUGUUAAUGUGGCUGAAUGGAAAACUGAGCAAGUGUGCGAAUGGUUAAAAGGCUUGGAUAAUUCUGUACUUCCUUAUGUGCAUAGUUUUACAAAUCAUGGUGUCAGUGGACAACAGUUAUUAAGUUUAAGACCUGAAGAUUUAGAGCACCUUGGUGUGUUGAAACUUGGUCAUCAAGAAAUUAUUCUUGAAGCUGUAGAAUAUUUGAGAAAUUUUCAUUAUGAACUUGAUCGUGAAAAUUUACAAUUAUUGGCAUUACGGUUAUCUUGUCAAGCACAUAGUUUACAAAAUGAAUUAUCUCGUCAGACAGAUUCUAAACCUGUUACAACCCAAACGUUAUCUGAUGUAGCAUCAGUUAUAAUGGCUGUAAAACCAUUAGUAAGGUGGCUUGAUCGUCCUCCUUUUAGUGGACAAUUAGAAUAUAAUGAAAAGAAAGCUGAACUAAUGAAACUAGCUUUGGAAAUGGCUACAUGUGCACAAAGAGAUAGAUUUGCAGAAAAGCCAAUAGAAGAAAUUAGAACAAUUUGUGGACAAUUAGCAAAAUUGGCAGAUUAUAUAAUACAGGAUAUUACUGAUCCUAUGAUAUUGCAACCUGCUAGUUUAGAUUUGGCAACAUUAAAAAAGAAACCAGGAGAUGAUUUAGGAUUUUAUAUUUUACCAUCUUUUCACGGAGCUCAUCAAAUAGCUGAAAUUAAAUUUGGAUCAGCUGCACAUCAAUGUGGUAAAAUGGAAGAGGGAGAUGAAAUUGUUCAGGUAAAUUAUCAAACUGUAGUUGGUUGGGAAAGAAAAAAUCUUUUAGAGUUGUUUCGUGAAAGUCCAGCAGAAAUACUAUUAACUUUGAAGCGUAGACCAAGACAUACAAAAGUAUAUGGUCAAAUUUACAUAAAACCAUAUCGACUUCCAAGCAAUAAAAAAACAUCUUAUACAACACGAUGGCAACACAAUCUUCCAUCACCAAGACCAGAAUUACUAACUAUACCAGAUUUUACAAUGCCAUUGCCAAGGCCAAAGAAUCCCAGUCCAGAACCUGCAAGUAUUUUAGAUACUGUUAAUAUAUUAGACACAAUGAUCAUAGAUAGUAGUGAUUCAGAUAGUGAAACAGAACCACCUUUAUCCAUUCGAUUAUAUUCAACAAAACCAAGAAAUUCAGUUCAAAGACGAGCUACUAUAACUGGUGCUAGUCCUACAACUAAGCAUGGAAUUGAUAUUGAACAAUUUUGGAAAGAAUUAAAACAAGAACACAGUACAACUUCUCAGUUGCGGGAUAAAGCAGUAUCUUGUGCUCAUGGCUUAGACAAUGUACCAUCAAAUAUAAGGUCACAAACGUGUAUAAGUAUAGAACAAAGCAAAAGAAAAAAAAGAAAUGACGGACAAACUGACGAUAAGAAAGUACAGUUUCAAGAUAAAUCUAUGAAACAUGAUGUUCCUCAAAUAGAUAAUACAAUCAAUGUAAUACAUGAGAAAAAAGAUGAAUGCAAAGCUACUCAAAAUUGUGAGGAACUGUUAACUACUAGUAGUAUAAAUACUUCCAGCCAAACUUCUCAAACAUUUGCUAAUGUUACCAAUAACAAUAACGUAAGUGAUACACGUGUGCCUUUAGAUGAAUGCAACAAUUUUAUUAGAGAUAAACAUAGUAAUAAUAGAAGUAUGCUAAGCAGUAAAGAAUCUAGUAUAUGCAGCGGUAAAGAGCGAGGAAGAUUAGAUAAAAGUUACAGUACACCAGCAUACGAUUCAAUGGACGCUGACAAUAUGGAAGACCGAAGACAAAAGUUAUUUUAUGCGUUAGAAUCGUCUGCAAAUAAUGUAAGCAAUGUAUCUACUAAGACUGAUGUUCAACUAACAUUAACAAAUUCUGAAGAGAAACAAACAUUGAAAGAUGUUGGUAAUCAAAAACAAAAUAUUCAAGUGAAUUUUGAUAGUAAUAUUGUUCAAAAAGUUAGCAGCAAUAUUGAUAAAAAUACUGUGCAAAAUAACAAAGAAAAACAAUAUUCUGAACCACCCGAAUAUUCAGAUUCUCUUAAACCUUCAGUGUACAAGGUAGCUGAUGUAAGUCACAAAACCAGUAUAGAAAAUGACCAAAGCAAUAAUGAGUCUAUUAUCACCGAUGUAAAUAAACAUGAGAAAAAAAAUGUAACGAACAAUUUAAAUGUUGAAGCGGAAACUGUAUCAAACACGUAUAAUACGCAAAAUUUUGUAAAUAAUCCAAAUUUGAAUUAUGAAAUUAAUGAAGAUAAAUUAGAGUCAACAAAUAACUGUGUACAAAACAACAGUGAAAAUAACGCAAGUCUAAAUAAAUUUGAAAAGAUUCUUCAAACAUUUAAUUCUAGUAUGUCAGAACACAUAAAAUUACUGGACAAAAAAUCUAAUAUAUCAGUGAAAGAAAAAACGCAAGAUCAAGGACAAUUAUGGACAAAUAAUGAUGUAAAUUCUACUGAAGAUAAUAUACAGAAUGUUACUCGAAACAUUUCUCAAAUUCAGAUCUGUCAGAAGAUACAAAAUGAUAACAUAAAAACUGAUGAUUUAAUUAAUCAAGGAAAUGUAACACAGUCUUGCAAGUACGUAGAACUAACAAAAGCUGAAUCAAGUAAGAAGCUAGAAACUAAACCUCAUCUAAUACCUCCAGAUCCCCCUCCACGUAAAUACUAUUCAAAAUUAACAGCAAACUCAUCUUUAAAUAAUACUUCAAGGGUAUUUGAAGAUCAAGAAAAAUACUAUGCAUCAGAAAGAUCUAAUGCUAGAAAAGAAUUAAAAAGUGCAGAAUAUUGUACGGAAAAUCAUAUCAAAAGUAAUUUGAAUCAUCAAGAGAAACAAGAUUAUUUUGAUGCUUGUAAUAGUUUUACAGAAAGAUUAGAAUUUAUUGAUGAUAAGAAUACUGUAUGUAAUGAAUGCAGACCUAGUUUAAAUAUGGAUUCUUCAUACUUAGAAUACAAUGAUAAGCAAAUAAAAGAAAAUAAGUCUAUCUGUGAUAAGUAUGAAUCUGCUAGUGAGAAGUCUAUUUACACUAAUUCAACAGUGGAAUAUCACGAUGCUGAAUCUUAUUCACAAACUAUGGAUUCUCCAGAUGGUUCAUGCUCCUCAAAGCAAUUUCUAGAACAUAAAUCUAAAGUAUCUGAGAAGGAAAAAAGUUUUGAAAAAGGUGUAGUUAUUAAAGCUAUAAUGGUAGCCAGAAGUAUUGGACUACAUGGAAGUUUAAGUAAAUCUUCCAGUAGCAGCCCCAGAAGUAAUAGAAAACGAAGCAUAUUAUUUGCAAGGAAAAGAAAUAUCUCUGUUAAAGAUAUAGGCACAGCAGAUUUAGAGGGAUGGUUAACAUAUCGCACAAGAGGUGCAGGUGGUGCUUGGGCGACAGCUUGGUUUGUUUUAAAAUGUUCUUCUUUGUACAGGUUUAAAGCUCAAAACAGCAUAAAAGCAGAUUGUUUGAUAGCUUUGACAGGAUUUACUGUAUCACGAGCUGCUGAAGUAAAAUCAAGAAAAUAUGCAUUCAAAGUUUAUCAUACAGGAACAGUAUUUUAUUUUGCUGCAGAUACAGAAGAUUCUCUUGCCUUAUGGGUAGAUGCAGUUAAUAAAGCAACUUUAGGUGCAGAUGGUCAUAGUAGAAAUAGUGCUCUUUUUAGCGAAACUGACGAGAGCGAUGGUGAACAAAAACAUAAAGCUAAAAAUGUUCAGACGCCCGAAUAUAAACCACAUUUUGAAAAAUCAUUUGGAUCAUUAAAGAAAGUUGUUCGCAAAGAUUCUUCUACAUACAAGGACCAUGAAAUUAGUGGUGCUAGUUUAGACAGAAAAUAUUUAAAAUUUCUUGGUACAAGAAAUCACAAUGUACCUGUCCCAACUGCACAAUUUAGAAGUUACAGAAGAGUUCUUCCUACGUCUACGCCUAAUAAAAAACAAGAUUCUGUUCCAAAUUCGCCAGAUUUACAAAUGACAAUUGCAGGAAGUACAUUUUACGGAUUAUGCGCAUCUCAUAGUGCUACUGAUAUGUCAAACAGUACUCAGGAUAUGGGUGAUUACAGGCGUACUACGGACAGGUGUCUUAAUAACAGAAAUAGAAGACCUGAAGAUCUACAAGGAUUUAUUACAUUAGAAGAAUUUAUGUUGUCGCAACAAGAAGAUCAAAGACAAAUAACAAGGAACCGACCAGUAUCACCGCGAAUGACACCUUUAACUAGCGAUCACGUUCAUAUUCAACAUAGAAACUUUUAUGAUAAUGACACAAUUAAUGAACAGUCCAGAACUAUCGUUGAUGUGGGUUACAAUAAUGAUGUUCACGCUCGAAGUAGAAAUAGCGAUGAAGUUGUAAAUAAUACAGCAUCAUACAGUUAUUCACGAAAUAUGGAUAAUUUUCAUGCAGCGCGACAGUUUAGUGGAGAUUUCGAUUCGGAAAGAACUGAACAUAAAGGAGAAUCAUCAAAAUAUUUAGUUCAUAAAAAAUCAAACGAAUUGUGUUAUGUUAGUAAAAAAAAAUCGGUAGAUGGAUUAAAUUCUCAACAAGUAAAGCCAUGUAAUUCACCUCACUGUAAAAAUGUCGCAAAUGAGCCAAAACCACUGUCUUCUUUGUAUCAUAAUAAACCAGAUAUUGUUGAAAAGUCUGACAGACAAAUGAGUAUGAUUUAUGAAUAUAAUACUAAUGCUUAUAUAAAUCAAGCACAAGCUUCAAAUAGUCAUGAAAUUUCUAGACCAUAUGAUUAUUAUUUACCUAAAAAUAUCAAUUUAACGGAGGAUAUGAAACCAGUACCAAAACGGCUUGUUCGAAAUGAUGGUUCUUCUGGAUCCAGCAAUGAUCUUACAUUUCAUGCUUCUUACGAAACUUUACAACAUGCAAAGAAAAACGUAUCUGUCAGUCGCAAAGGCAGCUUCAACCUAACAAAUCGUCGCGAUCAUGUUUCUUCAGAUAAGCAUUGGUUAGAUUCUUUGCGAAGGAUUGAUAAGAAAGAUGUCAAUUACGACAAAACUCGUUUAAAAAAUGUAGCACAGUAUCAACCACCGCCAAUACCAACUUCUCCUUUCGAACAAGAGGGAAUGACUGCUGCAUUUGAAAUGCAUUUGGAUAAAGGUGAACAAGUUCAAAAAACAAAUCGUUUGAAAAAUUUAUUUGGUAAUAAAUGUCAGCAGAAACCUUCUACUCUUGAGAUACCUAAGGAAACACAGAAAACUUUACUAGGAUCACCCAGAUUACAUAGAGCGUUAUUUAGAGAGAAAUGUUAUAAUCAGUCUCGAUUACCUAACCGAUCAAAUAGUCAAAGUCCUGGCGACAGUGGAAUCAGUCAAUCUGUUAGUUCCUUCAGCGGAAAUAGUCCUCAAACACUCAGUCAAAGUUUUAGUUCGGUCAGUUCGGUUAGUGACUGGAGUCCAGACACGCCAUCACCGUGCGUUUCAAAUUUAACAUCAAAAGGUGGUACAAGUCACUCCUUUUCUCAAAAGGGGCAUACAGUUAUGGGCAGAAAUUCAUUAACACCUCCAACGUUACCUUAUAUACCACCACCUACAUCACCACCACCUGAUUAUCCCGGUCUUGAAUAUCCGCCAGUAUUUGAACCUGGUACUUAUUCUCUCUUGGAUGCAUCGUUACUGCGUAAUCGUAAUAAAAGCAGUCGGGACACUCAUUAACCAUUGAUACAACGUAGUUCGUUGAUCUGCACAAUA